AAGUCCACGCCUUUAAAGCGCAUGAGCCGUGAGUGAAGAAUACAUUGUGUAUGAGAUGAACUCGAGCCUGGUAACGUAAUGCUAUUAUAUGAAUGCAGCAAAUUAGCUAAAUUGCCCUCGCAAAAAUUGCCUAAAUAAAUAACACAGUCCAUGGUCAGAUUUUUUUCAAUUCUGGUGCACCAAUGAUGCACUACUCAAAUUGGCUUAUUGACGUUAAAAACAGGGCAAGCCUUCGAAAUGCAUUUAAAACAACCCCUAGCACCGACUGGAAUAACUGGGGAAAUGCUGCAGAUAUGCAGAAUAGCAUCCUGCAGUCUGGUGAAAAAACAUCUGACCUUAUGGUCACCACCCACCUCUGGAAAAAAGGUUACAAAGUAAUUAAGAAAAUUGGCGAGGGGACAUUUUCAGAAGUGGUGAAAACUCAGAACCUGAAAGAUGGGAAGCUUUAUGCAUGUAAAACCAUGAAGCAGACAAUUAACAGUUUGGAACAGGCCAACAACUUGCGGGAAGUCCAGGCGAUGAAAAGAUUAAGUCCUCAUGCAAAUAUCAUCCAACUGCAUGAACUGAUUUUUGACAAAGAAUCUGGAACCGUGUCUUUGAUCUGUGAGCUGAUGGAGAUGAACAUCUAUGAGUUCAUACAAGGGAGAAAAACCCCACUGCCUGACCAAACAGUAAAGAACUACAUGUAUCAAUUGUGCAAGUCACUUCAACACAUGCACAGCUGUGGGAUCUUUCACAGAGACGUGAAGCCAGAAAACAUACUUAUAAAACAAAAUAUGUUGAAGCUGGGCGACUUUGGCUCGUGUCGCAGCGUGUACUCCAAGCCCCCACACACAGAGUACAUCUCCACACGUUGGUACAGAGCCCCGGAGUGCCUCCUCACAGACGGAUAUUACAGCCUGAAAAUGGACAUCUGGAGUGCUGGCUGUGUUUUCUUUGAAAUCAUGAGCUUGAAUCCUCUCUUCCCUGGAACCAAUGAGCUAGACCAGGUGGCCAAGAUCCACGACGUGUUGGGGACACCUGAUCAAAGUCUACUUCAAAAGUUCAAGAAGUCAAGAGCAAUGCAUUUCAACUUCCCGCCAAAGAAAGGCACUGGCAUCUCACGGCUAAUCCCCAAAUGCCCAGCUCCAGCUCUUUCACUACUCUAUCAGAUGCUUGCUUAUGACCCAGAUGAGCGCAUCACCGCGGAAACAGCACUGAGACACACAUAUUUCAGAGAAGUCAGGAUGGCAGAGAAAAAAACUGAUGCUCUUUACAGAGUUUCUGGGACUUUUGAUGGAGUAGGUAGUCCUGUGAUGCUAAAUUCCUUGGAGCAUGUCUGGCGACCGACCAGACUCGGUAAACAGCUGAGAGGAAGACAUACAAGACAGACACCUUUAAUGAGUCACAACAUGAAGCAUGUAGCAGACCCCCUCAGCAGGCGCAACGGCCCCCAUUGCCCCGCAGAGCUGCCCAAGGUAAAACUGGCCGUACCAGGACCACAGCGCUCCUUCCCAGGCCCCACCAUGCCGGCUUUUCCCAUCACACUCAGAGGGACGCUGCCAGCCAUCACGUCCAAAAAGUGCCAGUCACAGAUGGCUAAGCCCCGGGAUGAGGCACAUCACGCAGCUUUCAAGACCUACUACAUGCCUCCUCUGGAUCGGAAAAAAGGAGGCAACUGAAAGUUAAACACGUUUACCGUGCAUCAAUGUGGCCCUUUUUAAACAGAAAAAUGCAUUGGGGAGGCCAUGUUUGGGCAGGCCUCAUGUUGAAAUCUACAAAAUAAAGAAAAAUACUUGAAUGAAAAAAGAAAAAUGGGACCAUAAAACUUGUCAUCCAACCAAACUUUUUAACUUGACUGUAAAGAUGGAACUUAAUGUAAAAACAGUGUAAUUGGUCUUUUGGUGCGAGUGAAAUGUAAAUGAAGUCUUUUAUUUCACCCAGUCAAGUGGUACAUGUUUACAUCUUAUUAAGAAUAUAUGUCGUCAUUCUGAGCCCUUCAUACAGGAUGUGCAAUAAGAUAUUUGACAACUGAACAGCUUUUCAACAUUGGUAAUAAACAUUUUCAACUUUUUAAGCAAUGGCACCCUUAAAAAGUUGUCCCUGCUCAGAAAAAAAACUUUUUGUGAAUUGAAAAUACUUUGGCAGCUGACAGAGAGAACGUCAAUCUCUGCAUGUUAAGUCAUAAGUUAAGUGUGAUUGUGUGUAAUUAGUGUAGCAGGUGACAACAUGAUCUCUUACUGGGCUGGAGGAAUAUCCGAGUGAGACUUUUGAAUGUUAAGCACAGAAUGUAGCUUCACCAGUCAACUCACACCCCCUAAAUAAAGACUACAGGUUUAAAGAAGGGAUGGGGUCAUCAUUUCAGACGGAAAUGUGCACUCUUCAAACACACCAUGACUCAGUCUGCACGUCUUAGUUACUUUGAUGUGUUGACAAAAAAAAUUCAUUGCAAGAAGUGAACUGGAAUUAAAACUGCGGCAGACCAGAAGCAAAAAUGUUAAAAACACAAACCAUUUUGUAUCAAAAACAUCUGGAAAUAUGCGGUGACCCCUGAAGGCUACACAGAGAUAGGAUUGUCAUUAAUAGAGCAGUUGUGUCAAACAGGAAAAGGCUACAUUUGAAGUUUAACUUGCAUGUUAAACUUAACUUCAGGCAAUAAAAUUGGAGCUUUAAUGUAAUUCUAGGUAUUUUGUGGCUGAAGCAAACAGAGCCGAGCACAGGAGGAGGGACCGGAUCGUCGUUGAACUCCACAGACCUCUGCAGUCAUUGCCAUGUUCCUCAUUCAGAUUUGGAAAGUUUGUUAUCCAAAGAUGUGUAGGUGCAGAAACAAACAAUGAAGAGAAAACAAUGUAUUCAAGAUUAUUUUAAUAUUAUUAAUAUGUAUACUUUAGGUUUUAGAAAUAUAACUAUCGAUGACAAAACUUCCACUGGAAUCAUGGUAGUUUGCUUAGGCCCCCAUCAAAUUAAUUAAUUACAAUAUACACAUUAUGAUACAGAGCAGAUUUGAAUCUGAAAUAAUAUUAAAAUAAAUGCUCAAUAGAUGAAGGUUUUAAUAAUUCUUAUUUUCUUCACCUACUGUAUUAGCCAUCUGUGAGUUCUGAGCACACCCAAAAAUGUAAAGCCAUUUUCUUCUAAUAAACUAAUUUAAGUGCAAACCUUUUUUCUUUAAAAAGACUAUGAUUGCAGCAUCCAGCUUUAUAGAUUCAGAUGUCAAGACUGAGGAUGUUAAAGCCGAGUCCACCAAGGCAGUCCUCAAACGUCUUUUCUUUUUUUUUUCUUUUUUGUUCCAUUAGAGUAGUUAUAAAAACAACAAAAAUAGCUAACAAAAUCAGUGCAAAGUCAUCAAAUGGGGGAGAUCCUACUUAAGAAAAGACAGAAGUGGUGGAUAAAUGUGGAUGGAUGCAAGUUUUUCACGCACUUGGUCAUAAAAGGAUAGUUCUUCAUAUUGUAGUCAGUAGCCCUGAACCUACACAGGUUUACAGAGCACCGUUUAAAUAGGGGGGAAAAGGGAACAUGAAAAACAAUUCACUAUCCUUUUAAUCUCAAGCACCAAUUGUCUGGUUUGCAUCUAACAAAGCCAAGCCUCAUGUCCAAAGAGGAUA